AUGCCCGCCAGUGAUGACUUCACGCCUGCCGAUAUCUUCAGCGGCGGCGGCGGCGGCAGUGGAAGCGUCAGUGGAAGCGACCAGCGGGCCUCCUCUUCCUCGCAGAAGCAGCAGCAGCAGCAGCAACAGUUACAGUUACAGCCACAGGCUCAACAGAAACCACAGCAGUAUCCCCAGCGACAGGUGCUUCAACCGCCAUUUCAUCCAUCUGGCUACGCCCAGCAAGCCCUGCCCAGCCCACACACUACCGUAAACGAGGCGACGCAUUCCUCUGGCAGUGAUUCUCCACCAAACAGAUCCAAGCAGCACCGCCGUAAUACUUUCUCCGAGUCCCAGCAGCCGCCAUCUCAGUCAGAAGAUCUCUUGCGUCCCAAUCGACGAACAUCCCAUUACUUUGGGCCCUCGAGCAGUUUCCGCCUUGCCAAAACAAUACGCACCCUCGCCGCCAGAUGGAUAGCCCUCACUGGCGCCAGUGCGCAUUCAUUCAUCUCUGAUCCUUCAAGUGCCUCUGGCUCCAUGCUAAAACGUAGUAGCACAGACCCCUCCAACGAAGACCUAACCAUGCAUGAGUCGAGUCAGAUUCUACACAGAAGCCGCAAGAGAUCCAGGUCGCAGCUAGAAGAUUCUGGUGACGAGUCCCAGUCUCGCGAGCAGAGUGUGGAUGGAGACACGACUGCUAAAUUCUUACCUCCGAGAAAUGUGGCCGACGCACUGGUAACCGCAUAUUUCGAUCGUGUUCACAUGUACAUGCCCUUGUUCAAAAAAAGUGUCUUCGACAUGCGCCUCGAGGCAACAUAUACACGAAGGACCGAGUUGGUGGCAGAAUGCAAGGACUCGGGCUGGCUAGUCGUACUGGCUUUGAUCUUCUCCUUUGGGUGUGAGCAGCUCGAGCCUGAGUGCAAGCAACUCCGGGAACUAAGAGUCAAGUAUCUUGAAUUUUCCAGGACCCAUUUUCGACAGCUUUUGUCGACGGCGUGCUUGGAUAACGUCCAGGCGCUUGUCUUGCUCAAUCUGCAUCAUCACAGCGUUGGACAGAAGAGCAGUUCGUGGCUGCUCAUAGGCUUGGCUGCGCGCAUGGUCCGUCAUUUGGGAAACAGCCCCUUGACCAGGGCGUCGAGAGCGCGGUAG